AUUGCUUCUCCCCCUCCCCCGUCAUCAUUCCUUCUUCGGUCGGUCGCAGCAAAGAUGAAAUACGUUCUGGUUUCUGGAGGUGUCAUCUCCGGCGUGGGCAAGGGUAUUAUUGCCUCCAGCACCGGCCUGCUGCUCAAGACCACUGGUCUUGCCGUCACCAGCAUCAAGAUCGACCCAUACAUCAACAUCGAUGCCGGCACAAUGGCACCUACUGAGCACGGUGAGGUCUAUGUCACCGACGACGGUGGUGAAAUGGACCUCGACCUGGGCAACUACGAGCGCUAUCUCCUCUCCUCCCUCACCCGGGACCACAACAUCACCACCGGCAAGGUCUACCAGCACGUCAUCAACCGCGAGCGCAUCGGCCAUUAUCUCGGAAAAACCGUUCAGGUCGUGCCCCACGUCACCGACGCGAUACAGGAGUGGAUUCAGAGGGUGGCUAAGAUCCCCGUGGAUGAUUCCAAGGCGGAGCCGGAUGUCUGCAUCAUUGAGCUGGGUGGCACGGUCGGUGACAUCGAGAGUGCACCCUUCAUCCACGCUCUGAGCCAGCUCCAGAGAAAGGCUGGCAAGGGCAACUUCAUCCAGAUCCACGUGUCCUACGUGCCGGUCAUUCCCCCGGGACCUGGCGGCGAGCAGAAGACGAAACCCACGCAGAGAGCCAUCAGUGAUUCGCGGAGUGCUGGUCUCAACCCCGAUCUGAUCGCUUGUCGCUGCGAGCAGCCAUUGGAGGAGAGCACCAUCCAGAAGAUUGCCAACAUGUGCUCCGUCGAGCAGCGCCAGGUCAUCGCCGUGCACAACGUUACUACCACCUACCACGUCCCACUGCUUCUCGAGAAGCAGAAGCUGAUCGACACCAUCACCGACAUGCUUGACUUGAAGUCUAUCCAGCAGAGCCCGGAGCGGAGCGAGAAGGGCAGCCGGAUGUGGAACGACUGGGUUUCUCUGGCCCGCGGGCAGGAUUUCCUCCACGACUCGGUAUCAAUUGCCCUGGUUGGCAAAUACACCUCCCUUCACGACGCGUACAUCAGUGUUUCCAAGGCUCUGGAGCAUGCCGCGAUGUACUGCCACAAGAAGGUGAAUAUCAUCUGGGUGGACUCGUCUCAUUUGGAGGACGACACGGCUUCCCCCGCCGAUUACCACAAGGCAUGGCACGCCGUGUGCACCGCCGAUGGUGUCCUGGUGCCCGGUGGCUUCGGUAACCGUGGUACCGAGGGUAUGAUGAAGGCCAUUACCUGGGCGCGUACCAACAACAAGCCGUUCCUGGGAGUGUGCCUCGGUAUGCAGCUGGCAGUGCUGGAGUUCUGCCGCAACGUGGCUGGCAUCAACGAUGUUGGCAGCGAGGAGCUUCACCCCAAGGCCGAGAACCACGCGAUUGUCUACAUGCCCGAGGUUGACAAGGGCAAGCUCGGCGGUACUAUGCGACUUGGCAAACACCCCUGUAUCUUCCAGGAGAACACCGAGUGGUCUCGUCUGCGCGGACUAUACGGAUCCGUGUCGCAGAUUGAGGAGCGCCAUCGCCAUCGGUACGAGGUGAACCCGGCUAUGAUCGAGCAGAUCGAGGAGGCCGGUCUGUCGUUCAUUGGCAAGGACGUCAAGGGCGAGCGGAUGGAGAUUGUCGAGAUCAAGGACCACCCCUGGUUUGUGGGUGUGCAGUUCCACCCGGAGUACCUCAGUCGGGUGCUGAGCCCCAGCCGAGCCUUCCUGGGAUUCUUUGCUGCGGCUGCCGGGUGCUUGGAUGAAGUGACCAAAGCUGUCAACCAGGGCCAACGGAGCAUUGGGAGAAAGCAAUAGAUUUGUUUGGGGGAAGACGGGGAUGGAGUUUUGGUGAGAAGGAUUCUAUUGACGGUGCAAGCCGUCUGGGUGUUUUGGUUUUCCUGGUGGCCUCGCAGCCGUGACUCAGCAUCAUGACGCUGCACCGGGGAUAUAUUCAAUAAUUAUCGUCAAGAAGGUGUCUUGCUUGGAUUUGCUUGUUAAGAUUGGCACUUCAGGACAUGUGAACUCACGUUAAUAAAAGUAUUGGUCAUGGCUGGCCCUCCUUAGAUUAUAGACAAUACAUUGGUUUAGCAGUCAACUGCUCGCGUG